AUGUGCAGAAACUGUCAAAGCAGGCGAUCUUCUCGCUCCAUCGUGGCAACGCUUCCCAGGCGGAGACCCGCCUGCGUAAUGCUGUAUGCUGAGGCAGUGGCAUUCAGAGGAUACCUGAAGGAAGGAAGGCUGUUAAAGCUGGCAGAAGUCCAGGCAGAGGUCCCACUUGUGGCCGUUGAAGAAUAUUUGGGCGGUGUGUUGGACUUUACAGGGGAAUUGCUUCGUUACAGCAUUUUCAGGGCCACUGAAAGGAACAUUGAAGCAGUCCAAAACUGCAAGGAUCUUGUUGAGGGACUCAUGGAGGCAUUCAUGGAGUUUGAUAUGCGAAAUGGCCAGCUGAGGAAGAAAUAUGACAGUUUGAAGUACACACUUUCAAAGAUGGAGAAUACACUGUACGAGCUGUCACUCACUGCAUCAGGACUGAGAAAGGACAUUGGCAGGGAAGAUGACAUGGUAGCACAUGGAACUGGCGAAGAUUGA